GUAAACAAAACUUGUUGAGCUUGAAAAUGCGGCCUGGGCAGCGAUUGUGCCGGCUUUGCGAGCGGCCGACGGCGGCCGAGUUGGACGCGGCCAAGUUUCAAGAGUGGAGUCUCAACUUCUUGGGCGCGACGCUCGCCUCGGACUUGCACCGAGACGACUUCAUUUGCUGCUUCUGCGUUUGGGACGCUCAGUUUUUACUUGAAAGCGAGGACAGCAUUGGACAUUUUGAGGAAUUGCGCUGGUGGCCAAAGGAAGCUGGAUCAGGAGAAUCGCGUUUAUUUGAUGCUUACAGAGAUGGAAAAGUGAAGCAGUGCUGGGUACUUCUGAAAAAACUUGGUAAGCCCAAAACGGAUGAAGCGGAAGUUGCCAAAAGUAAGGCCAAGGACGUGAUUCGAAAAGCAAAAUGUGUUUAUUGCGAUAAAAGCUAUUCAGAUGGUUUUUUUUCUUGUGCAGAGAUGAGCUUCUUCAGCUAUUUCUUUUUCUUGCUAUCCAGUAGAGAAUGGCUUCUUUUUCUGUCCUACUCAAAUCAUUUGGUAGGGAGUCUAUGUCACUCUUGAGAGCGGCGCAUCUAAUGAGGUGCGCUCUGUCUUGAUUUUCUAAUUUACAAAGUUUGCAGGUGGCUGGAUCUUUCGUAAUCUGGAAUCUGUUGAGGUGGUGCUGCAGGACGUCGUUGCCGGUGGCUAGGCGAAAUUGUGCUGUUGCUGUCCUGCGAGACCAUACUUUGUCUGGGCCCUUUUUAAUUUCAGUCCACCAGCUUUUGAGCUUGGCAGCCUCCUCCUUGCUGUUUUUAAAGAGUUUGCUGGCGGCUGAUUUGAUUUUCUUUUUGACGUUGUUAAAGGUGAGGGCCUUAAUUUGGUUGCAGAUCUUUUUGGUGCCGGCUUUUGCGAGGAAGUCUGCUUUUUCAUUCCCGAGGAUUUGGCAGUGGCUCGGGAUCCAUUGAAGAUCGAGUUGGUGAUUUCUUGCUCGUAGAUUGACGAGAGAGAUUUUGAAGAGCAGUGAGUCAGGAUGCAAAUUUGCAGGUUGGCAGAUGAACUGCAUUGCAGAGAUGCUGUCACAAAGGAUGACAAAUUUUGUCUUAUUGAGGGGGAAGUUUUUUACCUCAGCAAUUUUCUGGGCUGCUCUGGCAAUAGCUGCGACUUCCGCGUCAAAGUGGCUGGCGCCUUCUGCCAUGGGGGUUGAUUCCUCGAAGAAGAGGCAGUAGACACCGUGUCCGGCUCUCUGGGUUGUUUUAUCUUGCGAGCCGUCGGUGAAGACAUGGACCCACUCAGAGAGGGGGAAAUUUUUCUUGAGGUGUUCAGUUGUCUUGUUUUUUAGUUCUUGGUUUGACAGCAUAUUUUUCUUUUCAAUUCCUUCAAUACAUAGGUGAGGCUCAGUUAGAUUUGACUUGUCAGGCAGAUUUACUGGAAGAGGGGCCUCGAAGUUUUCCCUUGGUGAUCCGAUGAGGUCCGGGCAGUGCUGCUCUUUAAGUCUGGUUGCCACUUGGGAGAAAUUUGCAUGAGCUGGUACUUUAGCCGUACGAUUUUUCAGAUGUUAGUAAAGUAGUCAAGCAUACUGAAAAAAUUCACAGUAGAAUUGCAAUAAGAUGUAAAUUUCCGAGUAGUUUUGGGAAAUGUAGCAAAUAUUUCUUAACUGAAGAAGACCGAGACGUCCACCUUAAGGAACACUCAAAACUAAAAGAAACUUCAUUCAUAUGUAUUUAUUGUAGGAAGUCUUUUAGGUUGAAAAGUACUUUGCUAAGACAUAGUAUUACAGUGCAUGCUAAUAUUUUCAUUAAAUGUCGAGUCUUAAGUUGCGGAAAGUAUUUUCACACAAAAGCAGAGUUGGAUUCUCAUUUCGAGGAAGUGCACAUGGCGAUUGAAAAUGAAAAGAAAUUCAAGUGCCAAAUUUGUGAUUAUAAAGCAAUUGAAAAAUAUCAACUGAGUCGUCACAUAAAAUACAGUCACGAAACGACGUCAAGUGCAUCAGUUAAAUGUUCAAAAUGUUCAAAGACUUUUGAUAAUAAUAAGAAAUUUAAAAGUCACGUCCAAAAAUAUCACACUUUCAAGCACUGUCCGCAAUGUGAUCAGGGAAUCAGUAAAGGUCUAUUUAAAAAUCAUUUAGGCAAAAAAGUUUGUAAGAUAUGUGGAAAAUCAUUUGAAUGUCUUGGUUUGCUUCAAAAAUACAAGGGAGAUUGUGACGCACAACAUUUGACCUGUGAAUUUUGCUCAAAAGAGUUUCCAGUGAAAUGUUUACUAAAAUAUCACAUAAACCGACACCACGUGUGUAAAAACAAAGAAAACGUUGAUCAGGCUGCAUUAAAAUUUGCAAAUGAAUCUUGUCUGGGGCUAAAAUUUGAGUGCAGUCAUUGCAGCAAAAAAUUUGAAAGGAAAUCCUAUUUAUGGAAGCACUUGACAAAUUUACAUCACCUUAUUGAAAAGAAGUUCCGGUGUGCAGAGUGCGAUCGUAAAUAUUACGAUCGCAGUAGCUUAAAGCAACAUUUGACGGGUGUCCAUUCAAAAGUAACAGUGGAAUGCUCAAUCUGCCAAAGUAAAAUGAAGUCUUCUUCUCUAAAGCAUCACAUGAUUCAAUUGCAUUGCAUAAAAAUUUAAUCAAAUAAAUUUUUUUGUCGAGGCGAUUUAUAGGUUUUUAUUUCCUUUAUUUAAUUGCGUCAAUCUGGCAUUAUAUUUUGAUAACAAGUUUUGUGUUCAGAACACAAAGUGGAUCAAUUUUAUUAUUCCUAAUGAUAUUAUUAAAUAUUGCGUGAGAGCUCAAAUAAUAUAAGACCCUCUUAUAUUGGUACUUUUUAAUAUAUCCUAAUUUAUCAUUGCACCAGAAUAGCAGUUUUUUAAACGACACUACAAGAAAAUGGGCGUAGUGUUCAAAUAUGUGAAUUGAUGCUAUUUUUAUCAUUUAACUAAUGUUAAAUUACGUAAUUAUUAUCAUGGGGCGCAUCAUCUUACAUGAAAGAACAAAAUAAUAUUUGAAAUUGAUUGAAAUAAUUUAAACAAUUAAAAAAAAAAAAAAAUAGAAAAAAUGUAAUCAAAUUUAUGAGCUCAGGCUUUCUAAGGAUUCUCUUUCCAUUCAAUAUAAUAAUAAUAAUUUUGUUACACUUGUUGGAUUUUUCAAUUCAAUAAAAAAGAACAGGAUUGUAAUUUUGUUAUGUGUUAUUUCCCUCUUUUGUGCUCAAUAUACAUUGCCCUUAUUUUUCCAUUUUUUUCUUCUCAUUGUCACAAAUUGCGCGAGUUGGGCGAGAUUUUCAAACUGUUUGAAAUGAAUCGAACGAGAAUUAUUCCUUAUUACUUUGAUUUUACUCC